CCUCUGUGCUCAGUGACAGUGUGCCUGCGUACGACAUGGGCAAAUCACUCCUGCUGAUGUGCCUCGAUCAUGGCAUGAGUCUCGUUUCGCUAGUGCUUGUGCGGAAAUUAGCCACAUGGUUGAGUACUACUGCCCCUGAAAAGCGAAUGUGGGUCUGCAAAGUAUAAGAAGGGCUUCCAUUCCCUCAUCCUCUGUCAAGACAACAUCAGCAUUUGCAUCUAGGCCCGUCUCAAAAGUCGCAAUCACGAUGACGCACUGGUCCCUCAUCAUCUUGUGCUUCUCUGGGCUGGUCACUUCAUUGGUUGUACAGGAUCCCGUUGUCGCGGCAGACAAGCGCCUCGUCAAGCGUUCACGGGCUGGACAUGUUCCUGGUGGAUCAAUGGGGGAUGGUGGAUAUGGGGAUGGUGGAUCUGAAGGAUCUGAAGAUCCACUUUCCAGUUGCAGGAAAUUCACUGUGUUCCACACGCGCCCCGGGAAGAAUCCUCGCGUCACGGAUUUUGCAUGUGGCAAGAAGUGCAAGGAAAUGAUCGAAAGCAUCCCAUACUCAAAAGGCACAUGCGAUGCUCUCAUUAAGGAUAUAUCGGGAAAGCAUGAAUCUAACCUCGGGCAGCGUGUUUGCACUUGUUCUUUUACUUUCACCUUCACAAUGACGGAUGAUGAUUGCCUCAGGAAACGUCCACAUGACCCGAUUGAUGCUAUCGAGUUUGGCAUGUUAUCUGUUUUUGGGCACGAUGAAACUAUGAGUGCUGAAGCCGGCCAUUGUACCCGUUGACUACGAGGAUCUAGUUUACUUAUCUACACUUACAUCGAAUUACUUGCAAUUGAUGCGUGUACUCUCCUGCUUUUCACACGUGUCUAGCCAGCUGAGUGUGCUCUCUAUCCUUGCGAAUCGCUGCCAGCAUAUAUGCCGUAUCGGUCAUGAUCGUAGGCACGUAGAUCAUAGUGCUCCCGGUCUUCGGGGUCACAUCGACUGACUUGUGAGGCACGCACGAAAGUGCACCAACAUCCAGAUCUUCAUGUGUUCCAGUGAUGGUGAAUCAUGUGACAGGGUCAGUGCAUGAGCAGUGGCAGGUA